AGAGAAUGAGGAAGGGUGCGAGUCGGGACACGGGAUAUUGGGCUGGCUGGCGUCAGAAGUCGGUAUCAAUAGCUAAAGAAUUCGAGAAAGAGGGCCAAGAAUAUGUAUCGGGAAAGGGGGCUGCUGUCACCAAUUCACUGCUAGAGAGACACUAUUGGAGGAAUUAAGCAAAGCUAAGCUAACUAUAAGAAAAGCAACAGCAACUAGGGAAUAAUUAAGCAAAGGAUGCAAGUAGAGCUGAGCGAGUGAUGUGGAGAGCGUGUCCUUGACAGUAAGAUUAAAUCGACAAUAUAAAGCUGGAAAGUAAAAGAUGGUGCGAUCGUGGUGUGGUGGUGGAGGCCCCGGACGGCUAAAAGGUUCUCCCAGCGAGUAAGUGAGAGGGGAGAAGGCCUUUUCCGCACCUACAAAUACCACCGCGCCCUCGGUCGUUUCUUAUCGGCCGGCCUCUACCGGGAACCCGGAGCCAGACCUCGAGGAGAACGAGAGCGAGAGAGUGGAGGAGAGGAACUGUUGUUGGUCUCGGCCCUUCAUCUCUUUCUCCUUCCAUCGAUCGACUACCAACCAACCAACCAACCAAGUGCUUCUUGGACUCUGGAUGCUGCUAUCCUUGUUUGAGUGAUCCAUAAUACCGUUCCAGCUCCUAACUUUGCGGGAGUCUCUCUCGGCCCAAAGAUGUCGGUGGCCGUGUGCAGAAGCUCCUUCUCGCCCUUCGAGUCCAUUCUCGCGCCUAACAUAGCAAGAGAGCCCCUGCCAAUCUCGCCUAUAAAUUGGCAGCCGCCGGCUGAGCAAGACAAGCCUAGCGAACCCCCGGUGGAGGCCGAGAAGGACGACGACCGGCCCGGGCAAUUCGACAUAUGGAGCUCGAUCCAAUCCCAGAAGCCUAAGGAGGCCGCCACCGCCGGUCCCCCGGCCCCUUAUGUCCAUCCUCUGGUGCGGCGCUCAUCGAGCCUGAUGAGCCAAAAGAGCCUCGAGAUCUGCACCGAGAGCCUCGGGUCCGAGACGGGCUCCGCAGACUUCUCCUCGUUGCUCGACGACCUCGGCUGCUUCUCUUCCAAGAUUGAAGCGGAAGAGGAAGAGCACAACCAACCUCCAAUCCACGAGACGCCAGUAGCAGACGAAGCAGAAGGGCCACGCUUCACAGUCGCCAAGGCGGUAGAAGAGCGGCGAGUGCAGAGUGGCAGGAAGGAGCUGGUUUCAGUGAAUUACCACUGCUCUAUUAGCAGGAGGUCGCCGCCCCGAUCGUUUCCUCCACCGCUCUCUUCCAUCUCGCGGCGCGACGGGCCCUGCAUCCACAUGAGGCCGCACCGCAGCGACGGCCGGCUCGUCGUCCAGGCCGUGCCCGUCCCCUCCCAGAAUUACCUCCACGCACAGCGCCAGGACGGCCGCCUGCUCCUUUCCUUCAUUGAUGCCACCUUCAAUGACCCUGAUGACAUCGAGAUCGACAUCCCAGAGGUAACACAGCAAGAAGAAGAUGUUAUGGUAAGUCUGGCAAAAGAAGAAGAGGAGGAGGAGGAGGAGGAAACAACAGCAAUGGCACAGGAAGAAGAGGGAGAUUUGGAAGAAGAAAAGAAUCGUGAUGAAGGGGAGGAGGAGGAAGAGGAGGAGGAGGAGGAGGAGGAGGAGGAGGAGGUAGAGGAAGAAGUGGAAGUGGUGGAUAGAGGGACAGUUGUAGAGGUGAAGGUCAGCACACAGCCCCAGCAACAGAGCGGGUCGAUGAAGAUGCAGCGGUCGUCGUCCUUCGUGAUCAACAAAUUCGUGGGCGCCGGCGAGACCCGGUGGGCCGAGAAGAUGGCAGAAUGCAAGCCUACAGCACCCGACAAGCAACAAAUCCAGCAACACCACCACAAUCCCAGCACCGCACCAGCGGCACCCGCCCGCCGGGCGCCGCCAACGACAACCACGGCGGCUGCGGCUGCGGCUGCCGCCUCGACCUUCAGCACAUCAUCGGAGGGCUACUACAGCAACCACUACUACUCGUUCCACGAGAGGGGGCCGCAGGUCGGCGGCGGGCAGUACGCGUCGCCGGACGACCACAAGCUGCUGUUCACGUCGAAGCGGCGGAACCGGGGGGAGCUCCUGCACCACAUGAGGAGGUGCAGCCAGCUGCGGAGGCCGCUCUUCAUUUUGGAGCCCUGUUGCAUUGCCACCACCUCCUGAGUUCCCGCUUUUCACCCAUCCAUCCAUCCAUCCAACCUUCCUAUUAAUUGCCGCCCAACCCUUCUUAUUAUCAUAUUAUCCACUAAAUUAAUUGUUAUUAAGAUGGUCACAGCGAUUGGUGGCACCCAGAAUAACAGUGUAUGCAAAGCCUCAUUCUCUGCAGAGUGAGGGCUUUCUAUGAUCCAUUGCAAUCUGCGUGCUGUUUUCAAUUACCAUUGUCGACCCUUUUCUGUUUCGUGAUUACCUCAUUAAUAGACCAUUUCAGAUGAUGAGUCUUGUUGCUAAUUAA